CUAGCGGGGGUGAGAAAAAGCGUCGUUGUCAUUGUCAUAUCAGCUGAUUGCGUCAUUGCAUUUAGACAAUAACGCAAAAACAAAAAACAAGUCGCAAUAUCAAAUUUUGGCCACAUCAAUCUCAUUUCGGAAAUUAUAGUGUCAUUAUAAAUCCAAAAUGAAAUUCCAAUACAAAGAAGAACAUUCCUUCGAGAAGAGGAAGACGGAGGGCGAGAAAAUACGCAGGAAGUAUCCGGACCGCGUCCCUGUCAUUGUCGAGAAAGCACCGAAGGCGAGGCUGGGAGACCUCGACAAGAAGAAAUACCUGGUGCCGUCGGACCUGACCGUGGGCCAGUUUUACUUCCUGAUCAGAAAACGCAUCCACCUGCGGCCCGAGGACGCGCUAUUUUUCUUUGUCAACAACGUAAUCCCCCCGACCUCGGCCACCAUGGGCUCGCUCUACCAGGAGCAUCACGAUGAAGACUUCUUUCUCUACAUAGCAUUCUCCGAUGAAAAUGUUUACGGAUAUUUCUAAUUAUUCUUAAAAUUCACUAUUCUACUUUACCAUGUGUAAGAUUUUGUGACCAUAUGGUAAAUCUUAGUUAUAAGCCCUAGCUUUUAAAGAAUUGAUGUAUUAUGUUAUAAAGGUGAUACUUAUUAUUUUAUUUGCAAUUUCCACACGCAACAUUGUGAAAGCCAUGUUGUCAUAGUAUAAAAACACUUAUGGGUAAAAAUAUGCAUUGAUUGUUUCAAUUUCUUUGUUUGGUUUAGGAAUCUGUAAUUUUAUCUUUAUCAAAACAAUAAACAUAAAAUACAAA